AAAAAUCACUUAAUAAACGUUCGGCCUGAAAAUUAUAUAUUUUAUUUACAGGAAAAGAUCAAAGUUUGGAGCUCAUGUCAGCUUGUUUAGCUCAGAGUGAGCCGUCGUCCUGUAAAUACACGAGCUUCGGUCGAGCUAGCCGGCUAGCUGCUAACUGAAAGAGACGCCAUUAGUUGUUGGAAAGAAUCAGGUAGAAACAGGAACUGGUUCCGCCCGUGGACCCGUUUCUCCCCCCACCUGCUGACUGGUUCUGACUGCAGUUCGGGUUCUGUUCGGUCCAAGCCUUUAUGGUUUCAGCUCCUUUUUAAAGKCGGAAGCCAGCGGACUGCAGUUCCGACGUCAGGGUUAGCAUUAGCAUCGUUAGCUCGGAAACGCCUGUUUUUCUUCUUCUUUUUUACAAUCAAAACUCGGGAUUUCCAGGACGUGAAGGUGCAAACAUGGCGGCAGCGGGGGCGGCCGGAGGCGGGAAAAGCUUCUCGUUUAAGGUGGUCCUGCUCGGGGAAGGCUGCGUGGGAAAGACCUCCCUGGUUCUGCGGUACUGCGAGAACAAAUUCAACGACAAACACAUCACGACCCUGCAGGCGUCCUUCCUCACAAAGAAGCUGAACAUCACAGGGAAACGGGUCAACCUGGCCAUCUGGGACACGGCGGGUCAGGAGCGUUUCCACGCCUUAGGUCCCAUCUACUACAGAGACUCCAACGGAGCCGUGCUGGUCUACGACGUGACGGACGAAGACUCCUUCCAGAAGGUGAAGAAUUGGGUCAAAGAGUUGAGGAAAAUGUUGGGAAAUGACAUCUGUUUAUGUAUAGUUGGUAAUAAAAUAGAUUUGGACAAAGACAGACACGUCUCAGUGGAGGACGCUGAGAGCUACGCGGAGUCGGUGGGAGCCAAACACUACCACUCAUCAGCCAAGUUAAAUAAAGGCAUCGAGGAGCUGUUCCUGGAUCUGUGUAAAC